AAUGCAGAUGAGCAAAGUGAGUAGGCGAGGGAAAUCAUUUGUAAUAAAAACUCAUUAUUUACAGAUGAGAAAUUUAUAUUGUCAGCAUAAUAUCUGUCGGGCUAAACAGAGCUGGAGAGUAUAUAAAGGCAGUGCACUCUGGAGCAGAAGCACAGAGCUCAGGACACCGAGCACAUCCCAACUCCCCAAAAAGGGCUCGUGCUCUCCCCAUCUGCUCUGUACCACUCCGCUGUAUCCGAAGGCAGCAAAAAUGAAAAGCAUUUACUUUGUGGCUGGAUUGUUUGUGAUGCUGGUACAAGGCACCUGGCAACGUUCCCUUCAAAACACAGAGGAGAAAUCCAGAUCAUUCUCAGCUUCCCAGACAGACCCGCUUGAUGAGCCUGAUCCAAUGAAUGAAGACAAGCGCCACUCGCAGGGCACAUUUACCAGUGACUACAGCAAAUACCUGGACUCCAGGCGUGCCCAAGAUUUCGUGCAGUGGUUGAUGAAUACCAAGAGAAACAGGAAUAACAUUGCCAAACGUCAUGAUGAAUUUGAGAGACAUGCUGAAGGGACCUUUACCAGUGAUGUAAGUUCUUAUUUGGAAGGCCAAGCUGCCAAGGAAUUCAUUGCUUGGCUGGUGAAAGGCCGAGGAAGGCGAGAUUUCCCAGAAGAAGUCACCAUUGUUGAAGAACUUGGCCGCAGACAUGCUGAUGGUUCUUUCUCUGAUGAGAUGAACACAGUUCUUGAUAAUCUAGCCACCAGGGACUUCAUAAACUGGUUGAUCCAGAAUAAAAUCACUGACAGGAAAUAAGUACAUCACUAUUCAAGACCAUCUUCACAACAUCACCUGCCAGCCACUUGGGAUGUUUGAAAUUUUAAGUUCUGUAAAUUUGAGAGGUGUAUUCUGAAGCCAUAUUGCUUUGCAUGCCAAUAAAUAAAUUAUCUUUUAGCAUUGUGUAGCCAAAAGAUUGUAAAUGGAAUAAACUAUUAUCAAAAUAUUGCAAAAUAUCAGCUUUGAUAUAUAAAAGUACUGGAUUCUCUUAUUUUCUUCUUAUUUUGGAUGAAGUACCCCAACCUGUUUACUGUUAGCAAUGAAAUUAUUUUUCUAGAAUAUAAUUUGUAAAUGUAAAUUAUUCCAAUCACAACAUAUCUGCAUUAUCAUAAUAGGAGAAGGGAAGAACUGGUAACCACAGUCGUAAAACUGGAAAGACAAUUUUCUUCUUGAAACUUUUGUCAUAAAAUGCUCCACUUUCAGCGCAUCAAAGACACACUUAAAUAAAAUUUUCAAGCUCUUUA